AUGGACUCUCUGCCCCAAGAAAUAUUGGAUAACAUCCUCGGUCGCAUACCUGCGCGAGAGAGCGACAACUAUAAUGAAGAACUCCUGGAGCUCGAAAACUGGAUGGAUGUUGACUCGGAAGCAUUCGACCCUGAGACACCGCGUCUUCGACUUGAUCUUGCGGCCACUUCACUACGCGAGCUGCAUGUGAACAUUGUGACACCCGAAUACCGGCACAGCUCAGGGCCCUCGGAUAUCGUCGAGAACAUGGCACACUGCGACAUUGCCCACACGGAGAUCCUGAGAGAGUUGAUGCUAAUGCUGUCCGAAUGGCCAGACGACACGCGAGUAUCAUUGUCCAUCGGUCUCAAUGAUAAACACGACAGAAAAUCGAAAAUCACCGAGCUUCACCAUUUCAAUGUGGUGAAUCCUCAACUCCUUCCGAUCGUGCUAUGCGUCCGUAGCUUGAAGUUCUCGUUCUUCUACCAGCUCUCGUCUCUGAGACGGAAUGUCGAGGGCGACUUCCUACUUAUGCAAAAGUUUCCUAACUUGGAAUCUUUCGACCUCGAUGCUUCGGAGUUUCCCUUCUUCAUGGAACUUCGACGAGAAAUGCGAAAGUCUUUGAUCAACACCCUGCCAUCAUAUCAGUUCCCGACAUCGGCGAGGCACGGAAAGCUUAUCAUCCUACCCAACGAAUACAGUCCCUUCCAGCAGCUACCGCAGAUGACCAAAGACAGGGAGAGCGAUCCUCUCUUCGUAGGCCUGCGCCGAGCAAUUGACGGCUUUUCAGAAUUUGAGUACGGGGGCCAUCUCAGCUCUUCUUUUUUCUGGUCGCCACCCCCUAGUCUGGGCGAUGCAGUCCCGUAUUGGCAGAACAUGACCAAGCUCAAGGUUGAUUGCGACAUGGUUUCGCCCAGCGGAGAGGAGGAUAACCCCCCAGACAGGCAGUAUAGCGUCAGCGGCGACGACAAAGUAGCCGCCUGGACCGUCAACGAGAAGGUCAUGGUGCCAAUGCUCACAUCCAUUGCCAAGGCAGCGGGCCAGAUGAUCUCCCUCAAGGAACUCCGGUUCAGAGUCAUCUUGGCUAAGUACGAUAGAAACCAGGGCUCCGAAUGGUUUCAUCGCUCCCACGUUGAUUAUCUCGCUCCUGGGGUGAUGCCAGAUGUGGGCGACGAAAAGUUCCCGUGGUGCAAAUGCUAUUCUAAGGACUGGAUACCGGAGUAUAGGGCACGCCAGGCCGGCGACUUAGAGAAGGCUCGUUUGCUACUCGGAAUCAAAACUGAGAAUCAGAAGCGUGAAGGGACAAAGGACUCCUGUCCGGACAGCCCAAGAUGGCUUUUGAAUAUGGAUCAGUGGCAGCCGAAUGAAGAAUUGCUCGACUUGUUUAGGCAAGCAGGGAGAAAGGCUCAUUCAAAGGAUGCGGUCAUCGUUCGACACGUACACCAUCACAGACAGGACUAUAUCAUGGAAGAGGACUAG